CAAGAAAAUUGAAGUAAAUCAUAAAUUAUCCAUAAAUAACAUAUUAAUUGAAGGCUUCUUCCUUUCAAUUAAGUUUCUUCACUCUCCACUCGAUAACACAAACUUCAUUCUACACAAUUAGAAAGAAAAAAUUAGACAUGUCUCCACAAACAUAAAUAAGGUUAGUUGUUUAAAAUAUUAAAUAUACCGAGAAAAUUAAUUAUAUGUGUAGGCGGGUACCCACGGGUCGGGUUUACCUAAACCCAAACCCAACCCAACCCGAUGAAUAGUGAACGGGUUUAAACCCAAACCCGACCUAAAACCCGUCAACACGGAUUUUACCCGCGUUGACUGGGUUGGGUCGGGUGAGUACCCGUGGAUUCGGGUUUGGUUGCCAUCCCUAGGGUCACGGCUCACGGGGACCUUGUUCAGUUGUUCCUUCUUACUUUUUGGUCAAACAUACAUGAACAUGAUCUCCAACAUAUAGACUAGCUCUUAACAAAUAUAUAUUAUAUUAUAUAAAUUUGUAUGCCCUUGUUUUAAGGCGGGAAGAGAAUCCUCUAUCGAGUAUCGCCCUAAUUCCUCAUAGAAGGUAGAAGGGCGUUGUUCCGUUACCGUAACUCCUACGUUCUCCUCCAAAAACCCCCAAUUUGCUCAUAAACCCUAAGUCUAGUAAUUCGCUUCGCUAGAUUCGACGGCCACAUGGAUCGGUCAGCUGAGGGAGAGGGCCCGCUGACUGCGGUGGUUGCGUACUCGUGAUAGGUCGGGAAGCCGAUCCGGAGGAUUGUUCGGCGGAGACUGGUGCAAUCGACGCUGUUCCAUCAAACGUCACCCGAAGGCGCUAAAUCUGGCUGGGUAAAGAAGAAACGGGACGAUGAAGAGAGUAAUGGCGAACACAAGGAUGCGGAAGGUAGAGACGAAGAGGACAACUGCAGAAGCAGCCAAGGAAACAAGAGGAAAGUAGCGCGCAAGGCAAAGUGGUCGAUUUGUCAUGGUAGAACUCCUAAGAAGAUCAAACAUCCUUGCUACUUAGCUUUUCAUCAAGUAGGCUGCUGUUUAUUUAGUGGGUUUGUUGCUCGAUUGUCGUUUAGCUUCUUAGUCUGUGCAGAGGUAUCCGAUACAUCGAAUUUGGUUCGGGCUUUCUUGACCUUGGCAUCAGUUAUUCUGAUGUCCCCUAUUGCUAUACGGUCGAUUCCUUUGAAAUGUCUAGGUCAAUACGUAAUUGAUGGUUAUGCUUUGUUCAAACAGUCAAAGGGGAGAUCAUCAGCUGAUUCUACACCAAAAAGGAACGGGAUCAUCAAGGAUACUGAUCUGACGGAGGAUAAGGAUGUAACUCCUCUAUCCAUGCCAAAUGUGCGAUUGGAGGCUAAAAUGGCUGAUGAGGUCAGUGAACGAAAUUCACUGUCUCCUGCAGUUGGCAAAAUGACCAAGUGUUAGCCAUGAUACUUUGAAAGUCUUUUCACUGCAAUUUGAGCCCCCUAUAGCUUUAUGUGUGAAAUACCUGAACUUGUCUUGCUACCUAUCUUUAUGUUUUGUAGGAGUACCCCAGAAGUAUUCUGGGAAGCUAUUGCACCCAUUUUUCUCAUUAUGGAAAGAGAGUAAGAGACAUCAGGUGAUAGGCGAUGUCCUGAGAGGAUCUGACCAAGCUACCGCGCCACCUAUUCAUGUGUUUGAAAGGGAUGAGGUAUGUAUUUAAGAGAGCAACGGUGAUUCCCAUUAUUUUUCUUUCCAUUAUCUUGUGGGAUUGAAGGAGGGUGAGGCGACAAAUAUAGUAGUUACGUGAGGCUGUUUAUCAUUUUCAUCUUUCUGUGGGGGUGGGUUGGAACUACAACUUCUGAAAUUAUCAACAUUAAUAGUAACCUUCUGUAGUUGAGAUUCCAUCAUUUUCCAACUUCUUCAACUGAAAUGUGGAUCUAACUUUAAUUUGCUAAUAAGUAUUCGGUCUUGAAUUGUUAUGUAUUAUCGGUUCCAAACUUAUGAUUUCAACUCAGCAGGGAUUUACUUAGCUUCUUUUGUUCAGGAGGGUGCUGCCUCUCUAGAUUGGACGAACUGGGAACUUCAUGAGAAACCCUUUGCGGAUAGUGCAUGUACUGUAGAAGAUCGACAUCUUCUUCAAGGAGAACUUUUGAAUGAAGAGUCUGCAAUUGUAUCCUCUAAUUCAUCAGAUGUGCAUGGCAUCUGCUGUCAGCUCAUAACUGACAUGACAACAGACUGCAAGCCUGAUGAAUCUGGUCUUUUUGGUGCACAAGUAAUGGUUGAAAAUGUAGAGGAAACAGGUGUUUUGCAGCACGAGAGGGGGAUAGCAGACUGUCUUAAUGGUGAAAGUCAGGUCGAUAAUAGAUUAUGGACUGACAAAUACCAGCCAAAGAUCGCCAGAGAGGUACUUAGUAAUACUGAAGCAGUGAAUUUUGUGAAUGAGUAGCUUCACAAUUGGAAUCAAAAGAGUGAUGGUGUCUGCAAGUUUUCUUCCAUUGGGAUUGAUUCAAAUGACCAAGAUACUGAUUAUUUGUGUUCCUAAAGUGAGUCUGAGAACAUAAAUGACAUGAGUAGCCGUAAGCCAGUUUUAUUGAUAACUGGACCAGCAGGGGUAAAUAAGUUUCAAGGUUCUUUAUUCCAGUUGUCCAACUUUGUAAAUAUGUUUAGUUGUUCUGUUUAUUCAUUUGUUGCCAAAAGUGUUUUGGUUUAUGUGAAUCAUUUGUAGAUAGAUAUUUUUUUAGUAUAAUUUGGUAGAUUCUAUUGGUCAUUAAUGUUUAAAUCUUGCAAUUGCUGCUUUAGUUUUACACCCACAUGCCAUAGCAUUAUCCUCCAAAGACUUACCCAAGUCCAGAGUAUCAUUUGAUUAGUCGUUAAAGUAGUUGACGAUUAUAAUCUGUGCUCUCUUGUCAAUGCUUCAACUAUAGAAAUAUCCUUCUUCUGGAUUUAGCUAUUGAUGUACGUUGUCGUUUCCUUUUUGUCAAUGCUUCAACUACUUAAGGAUUCGAACUUGAGACCUCCAGGUUCCAGAUUAGUGGUAUUACCACUAGACCAAACCCUUGUUUUUAAUUGGAAAACUUGCUGUAUGUGUGUGAUUGCUUCUACUUUCUGUUGUGUUCUAUUGUCUUUCCAGUUACCCUAAAUGAGAUUUCUCUUCAUUGCAGAGUGGGAAAUCUGCAGCCAUUUAUGCAUGUGCAAAGGAGCAGGGUUACAAAAUCUUGGAGGUGCUUCAACUUUUUUUUUUUUUAUGUUUUUAUAGACAAAGUUAGUGGUUGAGCAUUCAUAUGAUAUUUUGGUGUCCUUUUAACUUCCCUUCUUCCAUUCUUAGCUUUUUGUGAUAGUCACCUAUGGUUACAUUCUGGGACUAAAUAGAACAUCAGUACCUUACUAUUAUAUUAAAGAAAGGCUGUAUUCUUAUUUUAAUUUCUUAUUUAGGUCAGUACAUCAGAAUGUCGAAAUGGCACUGGUGUGAGGCGUAGGUUUGGCGAGGCGUUGGGGUCACAAUUCUUUAAAAGGUUUGUACACCUAGCACUAAUUGGAAACAAAUACCACUAAUUCUCUUGUAUUUACUAGACAUCUGAGUUGAAAAGCUUUUUUUUCAUAUUAUCAUUUUUCUUAUGUGACGUGUCUUCCAGGUCAGUAGAGAGUCCUGUGAAGCCACUAGGAGGAUUCAUGAAAUUCUCCUUUACCCCUCUAGAUUAUGAAGUGAUGCAAGAGCACGAGAACAAACUCAUUGACUUCGAAUCUAAAGCAGACAAGCAUAACAUUCAUGGACUCACUGAAACCUGUGGGAAGUCUGACAACAAAACUAAAACAUCGAUUCUCUUUGAGGAUGUUGAUGUUAUCUUCCCGCAAGAUUCUGGUUUUAUUUCUGCUAUCCAGAACAUUGCUGACAAUGCAAAAGGCCCUGUUAUAUUAACCAGCAACAGUGAGAAUGUCCCCUGGAUGUCGAUUACUCCUUGUCUGUACUUAGCACAUAAUUACAUCUAUAUUGUUGUUCCUUUUUUCAUGAUUUUAGUAAUUAACAGGUGACAAUCCUGUCCUUCCUGAAAAAUUGGAUAGGCUUUAUGUGAAUUUUAAGAUGCCUGCCCGCAAGGAUCUUCUUCAGCAUGUCUACAAGGUAGGUGCUCUGCUUGCAUCUUUGGCUGUCUAUGAGACAAGCAUCCCAUGCUGACUAUCCCUUUUUCCUCUCUAUAGGUUUGUUCUUCAGAAAAGUCUUAUUCCGAACCUCAUAUCAUAGAGAAAAUAGUUGAAUGUUGUCAUGGAGAUAUCAGGAAGGUAAUUAUGCAUGCCCAGUUUUGGUGCCAGGGUAAACAAUUCAGGGAAACAGGUAAAUUGAUAAGCCCUUUCACUCUGAAGCUUGUUUCAUUGUUUUGUCGUUACUCGUUAGUGUUCAUACCGAUCUGAUUGUGUAGAUAUUUUCAUUUCUAUUUAUGCUUAACUGUAAGUUUGCCCUCUCGAUGCUUCAUGAAUCUUCAGAAUAAGCUAAUUUAAUAUGU